UUCAUCUGUCCAUUUGUGGCAAGGGUGCAGUACCUCAAGACAACCAUGGCGUGGAAAUUACUUCCCAUUUGCUUCCUGCUGCUGCUUUCUGCUUCCUUGAUUGAACAAGUUUCAUCUCAAGAUUUAUCAAGCUGUGCAGGGAGAUGUGGGGAAGGGUAUUCUAGAGAUGCCACCUGCAACUGUGAUUAUAACUGUCAACACUACAUGGAGUGCUGCCCUGACUUCAAGAAAGUCUGCACCGUAGAGCUUUCCUGUAAAGGUCGCUGCUUCGAGUCCUUUGCACGCGGAAGGGAGUGCGACUGUGACUCCCAGUGUAAGAAGUUUGGCAAGUGCUGUGCAGACUACGAGAACUUCUGUGAAGAACUGCAUAACCCCACAUCUCCACCACCUUCAAAGACUGCACCUCCGCCUCCAGAAGCAUCUCAAACCAUCAAAUCCACCACCAAACGCUCACCCAAAUCACCAAAAAAGAAGACUAAGAAAGUUGUAGAAUCAGAGGAAAUAACAGAAGAACAUUCUGUCUCUGAAAAUCAAGAGUCCUCCUCCUCCUCUUCCUCUUCUUCUUCAAGUAUUCGGAAAGUCAAGUCUUCCAAAAAUUCAGCUGCUAAUAGAGAAUUACAGAAGAAACCCAAAGCAAAAGACAAGAAAAGUCCUAAAAAAACCCCUAAGCCAGAACCACCAGUGGUAGAUGAUGCUGGAAGUGGACUGGACAAUGGGGAUUCCAAGCCCACCCCAACUCCCGCCGUUACUACUACCCCAGUGAAACCAGCAAAUCCUAAACCCAGUCUUCCACCGAAGUCUGACGUACCCAAAGAGGCAUCUUCCACAAACAAUAAAGAGACAACAGUUACAACUAAAGAGAGUACGGCCACAAACAAACAGACUUCUACCAGUGCAAAAGAGAAGACUACUUCAGCUAAAGAGACACGAAGUGCAGAGAAAUCAUCUGAAGUUCCUGCGAAGCCUACACCCAAAGCUGAAAUGACAACCAAAGCCCCUGCUCUGCCCGCCACCACCAAGGAGCCUGUACCCACUACCACCAAAGAACCAGCUCCAACUACCCCCAAGGAGCCUGCACCCACUACCACCAAAGAACGCACCACCCCUAAAGAGCCUGCACCCACUACCACCAAAGAGCCAGCACCCACCACCCCUAAAGAGCCUGCACCCACUACCAAGGAACCAGCUCCCACCACUGCUAAAGAGCCUGCACCCACUACCAAGGAACCAGCUCCCACCACUGCUAAAGAGCCUGCACCCACUACCACCAAAGAACCAGCACCCACUACCCCUAAAGAGCCUGCACCCACUACCACCAAAGAACCAGCACCUACCACCCCUAAAGAGCCUGCACCCACUACCACCAAAGAACCAGCACCUACCACCCCCAAGGAGCCUGCACCCACUACCACCAAGGAACCAGCACCCACCACCCCUAAAGAGCCUGCACCCACUACCACCAAAGAACCAGCACCUACCACCCCUAAAGAGCCUGCACCCACUACCACCAAAGAACCAGCACCCACCACCCCUAAAGAGCCUGCACCCACUACCACCAAGAAACCAGCACCCACCACCCCUAAAGAGCCUGCACCCACUACCACCAAAGAACCAGCACCUACCACUCCUAAAGAGCCUGCACCCACUACCACCAAAGAGCCCAUAUCUACCACCACCAGGGAACCUGUGCCCACCAUCCCUGAAGAGCCUGCACCCACAACCCCUGACAAGCCUGUCCCUACCACCCCUGAGAAGCUGGCACCUACCACUCCGGAGAAGCCUGUAUCCACCCCCACCCCCACUACUCCCAAGAAACCUGUACCCACCACCCCUGGGAAACCGGCUCCAAGUUCUCCUAAGACACCAGCCCCAACCACCACCACAGAGCCUUCUACUACUCAGAAAAAUCCCGAAGCAACUCCUGAAUUUCCUGCAGAUCCCACACCGAAGGCUCCUGACAAUAGUCCCAAAGAGCCUGCAGUAUUAACAACGAAAUCUCCUGAGAUGACAACAGUAGGUAAAGACAAGACAACAGAAAAAGACAUACAGACCACCCCUGCUACACCUAAGAUGACAACUAAAGAGACAACCACAGAAGAAAAAACUACGGAAUCCAAAACAACAAGCACAACCAUGCAGGUAAAACCCACCGCUCCUCAAGAUGCAUCAGUGAAAGUUACUACUCUUAAACCCAAAGUAACUACUGCAGCUGAAGAGACCAUGAACAACCCUGAAGAAACAACUCCAGGAUCAGAAGAGACAACUACUAAUGCUAAGACAACUCCCAAACCCCAGAAACCAACAAAAGCGCCCAAGAAGCCUAAAAAGCCAGCCAAAGCACCCAAAAAGCCCACUUCUACCAAAAAGCCUAGCACUCAAGUGAAGAAACCCAAGACGACACCAACUCCCCCAAAGAUGACUUCAACGGUGUCUGAACUGAACCCUACCUCUGUAGCAGAAACCAUGCUCCAAACCAGUCCUAGCCAAACUCCAAACUCAGACAUGGCUGGCGUAAAUCCAAACAACGAAGACACUGAUGGUGAUGGUGUGGAAGCUGGAAAUCCUCACCUGAUUCCCAGUCCCCCUGUGCUAGCUCCUCUAGUCAUUCCAGGCACUGAUCACUUAGUGAGAGGUCCCAAUCAAGACAUUUACAUCAAUUCCAUGACUUCAGAUGAGACCAAUUUAUGUAAUGGUAAGCCAGUAGAUGGACUGACUACUUUGCGCAAUGGGACAUUAGUUGCAUUUAGAGGUCAUUAUUUCUGGAUGCUCAAUCCGUUCAGGCCACCAUCCCCACCUCGCAGAAUCACUGAAGUUUGGGGUAUUCCCUCCCCCAUUGACACUGUUUUUACUAGAUGCAACUGUGAAGGAAAAACUUUCUUCUUUAAGGAUUCUCAGUACUGGCGUUUCACUAAUGACAUAAAAGAUGAAGGGUAUCCCAAACCAAUUGUGAAAGGAUUUGGAGGACUAACUGGGAAAAUAGUAGCAGCUCUUUCUGUAGCUAAGUACAAGAACAGGCCUGAAUCUGUGUAUUUUUUCAAGAGAGGGGGCAACAUUCAGCAAUACACUUAUAAACAGGAACCUACCCAAAAAUGCUCUGGAAGAAGACCUACUAUAAAUUAUUCAGUCUAUGGAGGAGCAGCACAGGUUAGGAGACGUCGCUUUGAACGGGCUAUUGGACCUGCUCAGACACACACCAUCAGAAUUCACCUUUCACCUGUCAGAGUUUCUUACCAAGAUAAAGGCUUCCUCCACAAUGAAGUUAAAGUGAAUACAAUGUGGAGAGGGUUUCCAAAUGUGGUCACUACUGCUUUAACACUGCCCAACAUUAGAAAACCUGAUGGCUAUGAUUACUACGCCUUUUCUAAGGACCAAUACUAUAACAUCGAUAUUCCCAGUAGAACAGCAAGAGCAAUUACUACUCGUUCUGGACAGACCCUCUCCAAAGUCUGGUAUAACUGUCCUUAGAUGGAUCAACAAAAGAAGAG